UUGAAGAUAAACAGGUAAAGUUCCAUAGCCACGCGUGCAUUGUCACCGGCUGUUGUAGGUAUCCCGUACAAAUCCAAACAAGCCUUCCUCCGCUUAAACAUCCUCUCAGCUAUCGACCCGUUUCUUCGUCGUUCUCUGCUUACGGAGUCACUGCUCUCUCUCUCUCGCCACGACGCCUUUCUGCUCUUCACUCCCAAACCUUGUGUUGUCUCUGGAAAAUUCGACGUUCGUUGCUGAGCUUGCUUUGUUUUGAUCCACACAGAAUUCGAUUCUGGAAGGGAUUUUUGUUGACGGAUAUCUUUCUCGAGCAAUGUCUGUGGCUACGAAGCUCCAUUCGCACGCUAAACCGGUUUUGGAGUCCCGAGCAAUUCUUGGACCCGGCGGGAACAGAGAUAGGGCGCCUGAGAAGCCGAAAUGUAAACAGGAGACUUUGAAGAACUCAGAGAAGCAGAACAAGGCGCUUCCGGCGAUUCCUGAAUCGGUUAUUCGAGACAAUAUCUCCAUCGGGAGCUCCUGCUCAUCCGAUUCUUUAUCAAGCAACAAUUCGGCCAAAUUGUUGAAUCCGAAAGUGAAGCCUGUGAAGGCUGUUGCUGCCGGAGGUGAUCCAAACGUAACCACAACGACGCCUAGGCUCUCGGUUCCGGGGAAACGCUGUGGUUGGAUAACGCCUUAUUCUGACCCACUUUACAUCGCCUUCCAUGACGAAGAAUGGGGAGUCCCAGUUCAUGACGACAGGAAGCUGUUCGAGUUACUUGUACUAUCGCAAGCCUUAGCAGAGCUUACUUGGCCCUUGAUUCUUUGCAAGAGAGAUAUAUUUAGGAAAGUUUUUAACGAUUUUGACCCAUCUACCAUCGCACAGUUCACACAGAAUGAGUUUACGACACUAAAAGAAAAUGGCAUCCAGCUCCUAUCUGAACCAAAGCUUCGUGCAAUCGUGGAGAACGCUAAUCAAGUACUCAAGAUUCAACAGGAAUUUGGUACCUUCAGCAACUAUUGUUGGAGCUUUGUCAACAAGAAGCCUAUAACAAACAGAUUUCGAUAUGCCCGUCAAAUACCAGUAAAGACGCCGAAAGCAGAGUUCAUGAGCAAGGAUUUGCUAAGAAGAGGCUUUCGUUGUGUUGGGCCAACUGUGGUUUAUUCCUUCAUGCAGGUUACCGGAAUUGUUAACGAUCACUUAGUCGAUUGCUUCAGAUAUCAAGAGUGCGAUGGUAUGAAAUUAAGAGUAGAAGAUCAGCCAUCGGAGUUGCUCACCGGAGCUUUGGAGACUAGAUCUUGACAUGUUCAUAGAAGAAAUAAAAGGUUAUCUCUAACUAAUCUUAGAAAUCAGUGUGAUAAAAUGGUUCUGAUGGUCUGAUCCUGAGUAGUUUAAGUUCUCCUUUGUUUAGAAUUCUUAAUUGUAAUUUGUAUUUACAGACGACAAAAACAUGUUGGCUUCCUGUAACUAUUUUUCAACCUUCAGAACACGCUUCAGUGGCAGAGCAUAAGAACAAUGGUAUGUUUCUCUUACUCCAACAUUUAUAACAUUAGUAGUUUCCGUAUGAUCUAAGGUUACGAGUCGCAGAAUUCCAGGGUCGAAUUCGAAUAUUCGGACUCAUUAGGUCCUAAGCCUCCUUGCAAAUUUUAGCCCAAUAGAAAUGUGGGCCCAAGUUCCCGGGAAGGCCCAAUGAUUUCGUUGCCGUCGCAAUGCCUCCUGCUUGAAACCCAACAAAUAAUUCAU